AUGCUGUCAUUCGACAUUGGCGGUUUGUCAACUUCUUCAAUCAUCGAAUUCUUUGACAAGAUCUUAACAGCCAUUGUGGAAUCAUUCAUGACGACGUUACGACUAGCAAGGCUUAUAACAUCUUCACAGCCGCUGGCUACUAUGGCUCCAUUGUCGCAACGGCUAAUGCCUGUAACUCUGCUGCAGCAGACUAGGAAACUUGCAACUGAAAGACCUCCUCACUUUGUCAAGAUUGUCGAAGUCGGACCACGAGACGGCCUGCAGAACGAAAAAACACACAUCCCAGCCUCAACAAAAAUAUCCCUCAUAAACUCGCUCGCAUCCGCCGGCCUCCCCGUAAUAGAAUCCGCAUCCUUCGUCUCCCCCAAAUGGAUUCCCCAAAUGGGAGACGCGACACAAGUAAUGACUGGAAUCACCAAACUCCCUGAUACAAACUACCCAGUCCUAACCCCCAACAUUAAAGGCUACGAAGCAGCCAUCAAAGCCGGUGCCAAAGAAGUAGCGAUUUUCGGUGCUGCCAGUGAAGCAUUCUCGAAAAAGAAUAUUAAUUGCUCGAUUGCUGAGAGUCUGGAACGGUUCAAGGAGGUUGCUGAGCGGGCGAAACGGGAUGGGAUUGCGGUGAGGGGGUAUAUAUCUUGUGUGCUGGGGUGUCCGUAUGAAGGGGAUGUGCAGCCUGAGGCUGUUGCGGAUGUCGCGAAAAAGCUGUAUGAGAUGGGGUGUUAUGAGAUAUCGCUGGGUGAUACUAUUGGUGUUGGAACACCGGCCAAGAUGUUUGAUAUGCUGGACGCUGUGCGCAAGCAUGUACCGAUUGAGAAACUCGCUGUGCAUUGCCAUGAUACCUAUGGACAGGCGCUUGCCAAUAUUCUAGCUGCGCUUCAGCUUGGCGUUCGAGUCGUAGACAGCUCAGUCGCAGGGCUCGGCGGAUGUCCAUACGCCAAAGGCGCGUCCGGAAAUGUCGCUACAGAAGAUGUACUGUACAUGCUUCACGGCAUGGGUUUUGUCACUGGUGCUGACUUGAACCAGGUGGUCAAGAUUGGUGACUUUAUAUGUAAAGAGCUGAAACGGGCGAAUGGAAGCAAGGUUGGGAUUGCGAUGCUGGCCAAGAUGGAGCCGGAGACUGAGGCUAAGUUAUAA